ACGUAGUAUUUCUUGUGCGGGAUUGCGCGCUCGGCAGGACUCGUAUGGGUACGGAAAGUCAGAGCAGAAGGGGGGAUUUGUGGAUCACUUGUCCAACUAGUGAGCAAUCUCGUGUCUGAGACCACGGUAACAUAGACAUGUCGGGGGAUAACGAAGAGACGCAGACGUCCGAGGAGACAUCGGUGGACGAGAAGGAGGUUCAGGACAAGGUGAUCAGUCCAGAGAAGGCGGAGGAGGCCAAACUGAAGGCCAGAUACCCAAAUUUAGGAAACAAGCCGGGGGGCUCCGAUCUGCUCCGCAAACGCCUCCAGAAGGGGCAAAAAUACUUUGACUCUGGCGACUACAACAUGGCUAAAGCGAAGAUAAAGAACAAGCAGCUGCCGACAGCCGCACCAGAGAAGACGGAGAUCACAGGCGACCACAUCCCCACCCCCCAGGACCUGCCCCAGAGGAAACCCUCUCUAGUGGCCAGUAAACUGGCAGGCUGAUGCACACACAGCCUCAACAGCCCCUGCACCACGUCCCAGCCCUAACCCCCUCUCCACUCAAGUCUCAGAGCUGUAACAUUACCUCUCCCACCCCUCACACUACCACCUGUCCCCUGACCCCUCCCACCAGGAACCCACAGCUAGCAUCCAGCCAGCUGGCCGAGCUGAGCAGAACCCUGUUUAUUUUUGUUUCCAACCCAUCUAGCUUUGUCUCGACUACCUCCUGUGCUUGUUUUUGUCCCUUGCUACUCGCUACUUUCCCAAACUGACUAUCCUUGUGUCAUUGUCCUCUUACAUUUCCAUGUUUCUUUUUAUUUUCUCAUUACCUCCAUGUAAGAUACGUUGAAAGACAGUACAUCCGAGCGUGAGAGUGAUGAGCGGAAUGUGACGCCACUGGACGACCGAUAACUAUGGUGUUUACUGGCUGAAGAGAUGGGGCAAGCAGCAUGGUUGGAGGGCUUUAGUAUGGUCAUCAGGACCCCUCAGUUUGGAAGUGUGUGUGUGUAUAUAUAUAUAUUUCCUUUUGUUUGGCACAGGGGCAGACGUCAGCCUUUUAAAGCAUUUUACAUCUGAUUUGUAUCAUUCACUUUAUGUCCUUAUUCUAAAUUAUGCUGUCAAUAUGCUUGAGUGAUUCACUGAAUAUAAUAAUCCAGAGGCUGAGCUCAGUUUCAUUACCAUUUUGAUUGUGAAUCAUGGGUGGGGGGGUACUUAAGGACCACACGGUGAACGCCAGAGUGUCAUAUGGAAGUGCAUGUGUGACACAGGGAUCCCAAAGGUGAACCUCACUGAGCUCCACUUUAAUUCAUCAAGGUGCACUGAGCAUAGACACAGCUGCUGAACAGCACUGGGUAGAUGGUGCAUUCAAGACUCCUUGAAACUAGGAAACAGUCUACUUGUGAGAGAGGAGGUGGCAGUGUUGUUGCUUCAGUUCCAGCUGCAAUGUUGAAAGUUUGCACUGUGUUUGUGGUGUGUGCCAUGUGUUUCAGCUUCAGACGACGACACAGUCACUCUCCUCAGGCCAAAGCUUCUAGUUCCAAGUUGCCAUGAAUGAAUCAUCAGUGCUCAAUGAGAGUUAAAGGAGUAUGUGGUACCUGAAAGCUAAAUUCCUUUCAGUAGGGACCAGUCUCUGUGUCCUGUACGCUGUGUGAGUAGACUAAAUUCAUGGUUAAACAAUGUACUGGGGGCAGCUCGUGGCACUGGGAACAAAUUGUGUUAUGAAUUGUAUUCAGACAUGAAAAAAAAACUAAACUUCUAUAUGCAUAAGUAGUUUCAUCUUAAAAUUGUCCAUGGCCCUGUAAAGUGCUUUUCCAGGGUCCUUACUGACUGGAUGACGUUUACCUGCGAUGUGGUAAAUCUAAGCUAGCACUACAUCCGCCUCAGCUGUGCAUGUAUAUGGCUGCCCUGCUGUCACUUUGUGCCAUUUUGUUUUGUAAAUAAAAUAGUUUUGCACAAAUGUUUAA